AAAAACAGCUGAAAUGUUUAGAAUAUGGCAAUUGAAAAUGAAUCACUACAUGCUCCUUCCAAGAUGGCUGCGCCCAUCAGCAAAAGAAAAUAAUUUCAAAUUUUGACUAAAAGCCACUAAAGAACAUGAUAAUUCUCCGCUAUAGUUGCCUAUGUGGCACUAUAUACAGGAAUACUCCUCCAUAUAUUAAGAAAUCGAUAAAGAGCUCCAUAUUUACAAGAAUGAGGUCCAUUAACAAGAGUCAUCCAUUUUUAGUGGCAUGCUUCUCAGAUAAACCAAAGUUUACUGACCUGAGGGAUAUCCCUGUAGAGAGGAUCCGCAACUUCAGCAUCAUUGCUCAUGUAGACCAUGGGAAAAGUACAUUAGCUGACAGACUGCUGGAGAUCACAGAGACGAUAUCGGCACAGAAAAAGAAUGAACAAGUCUUAGACAAGCUGCAAGUUGAGCGUGAAAGAGGAAUCACAGUGAAGGCACAGACUGCUACAUUGUUCUAUGAUUACAAUGGGGAGAAAUACAUGUUGAAUCUCAUAGACACACCAGGUCAUGUUGAUUUUAACUAUGAAGUAGCCAGGUCACUGACUGCUUGUCAGGGUGUAAUCCUACUGGUAGAUGCAAAUCAGGGAAUUCAGGCUCAAACUGUAGCUAAUUUUUACUUGGCGUUUGAAAAGGAGUUGGUCAUCAUUCCAGUCAUUAACAAAAUUGACUUGAAGAAUGCGAAACCAGAACAAGUGAAGCUGCAAAUACAAAGUUUAUUUGACUGUAAGAAGGAGGAUAUAUUAAAGAUCUCCGCCAAACUUGGAACAGGAACUGAUGAACUUCUUCAGAGAAUAGUAGAACAGAUACCUCCGCCUGAGAGUGACCGCAAGAAGCCCUUUAAAGGCCUGCUAUUUGAUUCAUGGUAUGAUAAAUAUAGGGGAGCUGUAGCUAAUGUUGCUAUCAUUGAUGGCCAGGUGAAGAAAGGAGACAAGAUUAUUGCAGCACAUUCCAUGAAACAAUAUGAAAUACAAGAGACGGGGAUCCUAUAUCCCGACCAAACCCCAACAAACAUCCUACUUGCUGGACAAGUGGGUUACAUUAUAGCCAACAUGAAAACUACUAAAGAGGCUCAAGUUGGGGACACUUUGUUUCAUCUAAAUUCCCCAGUAGAGCCUCUCCCAGGUUUCAAGCCUGCAAAAGCUAUGGUGUUUGCGGGUAUUUAUCCAACUGACCAAUCAGAGUUCAAUGCUUUACGUCAGGCCAUAGAGAGGCUGAUACUGAAUGACUCCAGUGUUACUGUCAUCAAAGAUUCAAGUCCAGCGCUAGGUCAAGGUUGGAGACUUGGUUUCCUUGGAUUACUACAUAUGGAUGUAUUCUGCCAACGAUUGGACCAAGAACACAAUGCAAACGUCAUAAUCACAGCACCCAAUGUGCCUUAUAAGGUCACAAUCCAUGGCGCUAAAAACAUUAAACAAUACGGUGGCGCCGAAUUGACAAUUUUAAAUCCAGUUCAUUUCCCUGAUAAACAAAUGAUUACAAUGUGCUAUGAACCAAUGGUGAAUGGGACUAUAAUUACGCCAGAUGAGUAUAUUGGAGAUAUUAUGAAGCUAGUCAUGGGAAGAAGAGGAGUAUUCAAAGAGCAGAUUUAUAUAGAUGACAGCAGAGUCAUGCUCAAAGCCAUAUUACCAUUAAAUGAGAUUGUGAUAGACUUCUAUGACACACUCAAGGGAAUGACAUCAGGUUAUGCUAGUUUUGAUUACGAAGACAGUGGUUUUGAAGAGACAUCAUUAGAGAAAAUAGACUUUCAGCUCAAUGGGCAACGCUGUGAGGAGCUAACAUGCAUAGCUCAUAUAUCAAAUGUGAGGACUUUUGCAAAGAAAAUUUGCAAUAAGUUAAAAGAAACAAUACCCCAACAACAGUUUCUGAUAGCCAUUCAAGCCACAGUUAACGAUGGAGGAAAGAUUAUAGCUAGAGAGGAUAUUAAACCUUAUAGGAAAGAUGUCACUGCUAAAUUGUAUGGUGGUGACGUCACACGUAGACAGAAACUGUUAAAAAGGCAGAGUGAGGGGAAAAAGAGAAUGAGAAAGAUUGGAAACAUUGAUGUUCCAAGAGAUGCGUUUAUUAAAGUGCUAAAAAGAUAACAAUAUUAAUUUAGGAUACCUUUCAGUGUAAUCAAUCGAUUUAAAUUAUUGAAAUAUAAAACA